ACUGAAGCACUGCUGCAAGCAGCGAACGCAACGCUCAGUGAAAAAGCAUCCGGUACUGCUGACAUCGAGGGACCGAGUGCGAUACACGUCGUCAAAAAUGCACAGAUACCACCAUCGUGCUACCAGUCAUUUCUGAAAAAAAGACGAGACAUUGCGGGCUUCGUUCUUUGCCCGUUUGACCAACGCUAUAUCUACAACCGGAUAAAUUCAUUGACAGACCAAAAUGUGUUCGGAAAUGAUACAUCAGCACUGCGGGAACAGGUGAUGGCCGCAGCAAAUGCAGUCCUCGGUGCGGUCCUCGAAUUCCUCACCGGUUCCAAUAAAACACAUGCGCAUCUUCUCGGACGUUACGAUAUUGACGAGCAAUAUGUCUACCAUUAUACUUGGCAGUAUGAUCCAGAGGAGGAGAAAUUCACAUGUUAUCGAAAUUCCCUCUAUUUAACGGAUGCUCAAUCUCCGGCUUUCGCAGACGAAGACUACAAUAUGCAGUCAGGAGUGCAUUCGACAUGGGUGGAGAGUGUAUGGGCAGCUAAGCAGUUCCGGCUUUUCCUCACCGUUCAUCCAUAUCCGAUGCGUGAUGCAAUGAUCUUCAUGUUUGGUGUUGUUUUCUUCAUCCUCUCAUAUAUCAUCAUGCAGCUCAUUUAUCUUGGCAACAAAGAAGCCAUCGAGCCAUCGGCAUCGCUUGUUGAAUCGGAUAAUGCCGCUCCUCUAUGA